AUGGCGGCCCAGUCCAAGGAGGAUCCUUUAAUGCUCAUCUACAACCACUACGGAAAUCUGCUCCGAACACGCCUUCGGAGAACACCCAAAUCUUUCAAACUUGCGGCCACCGCUGCCCUCCUCCUCUCUAUCCUCUCGACCAGCUAUGGCGGGUAUAGAUGGUGGCAGCAAAGAUCUCAGGACAAGGUUCAAGGUCGAACUUUGCUGAGAAAGAAUAGUGGCCUCAGAGGGAAGGGAGGAGAGCGCAUCAUCUAUGUUCCCAAAGGCAACACCACCUCAAAAGUCGUCAUUCAUCCGACCCGUCCCACAACCUUCGAUGCCCAUCGACGACUUUUUCUGACUCCUCCACGAGUCACUCGCAUUGGCAGCGGUGCCUCCACUCCGGCCUAUGGCCCGCCUCCCCAGACCAAACCCGGCCUCAAUCUGGCCUUCCUCCACCAGUUUCUCAGCUUGUUAAAUAUCAUGAUACCCCGCUUUCGCAGCAAGGAGACGGCCCUAUUGUUGAGUCAUGCAGUCUUUCUGAUCCUACGGACAUAUCUUUCCCUAGUCGUCGCCAGGUUGGAUGGUGCUAUUGUUCGUGAUUUGGUUGCUGGCCAGGGCAAGUCCUUCUUGAUGGGCAUUCUAAGAUGGCUGUCUGUCGGCACCUUGGCUUCCUACACGAAUUCUAUGAUCAAGUUCUUACAGUCUAAGAUUUCCAUCGCCUUCCGGACAAGACUUACUCGGUACAUUCAUGAUUUGUACCUCCACCCCAACCUCAACUACUAUAAACUCACCAAUCUAGAUGGCGGCGUGGGACAGGGCGCCGAUCAAUUCAUUACCCAAGAUCUCACUCUCUUUUGUACCGCUGCCGCAUCCUUGUACUCUUCUUUAGGAAAACCUCUUGUGGACAUCUUCGUCUUCAAUUACCAACUAUACCGCUCUCUCGGACCGUUGGCACUCACUGGCCUUCUAUCCAACUACUUCGCAACCGCAACACUGCUUCGACGGUUGUCUCCACCAUUUGGAAAGUUAAAAGCCGUGGAAGGUAAGAAGGAAGGCGAUUUUAGAGGCCUUCAUUCUCGGUUGAUUGCCAACGCCGAAGAAGUUGCAUUCUACGGUGGCGCGGAUGUAGAAAAGGUCUACCUGAACAGAUCCUUCAAGGAACUCCGGAGCUGGAUGGAAGGAAUCUAUAACGUGAAGGUCCGGUACAACAUGCUCGAGGACUUCAUUCUGAAAUACUCCUGGUCAGCUUUUGGAUAUGUCAUCACCUCUAUCCCGGUCUACCUCCCAGCAUGGGCGGGAUUCGAUGCCUUGCUUGAGACUCCCGGUUCGGCAGCUGCAGAGGUCACCGAAUCCAUACGCGAACGAUCUCACAUGAAAGACUUCAUCACCAACAAACGUCUAAUGCUCUCUCUGGCAGAUGCGGGGGGUCGCAUGAUGUACAGCAUCAAAGAUUUGUCUGAACUUGCAGGAUAUACCUCACGUGUCUAUCAAUUGGUUUCCACAUUGCACCGGGUUCAUGCCAACGCUUAUGGUGCGCCUAGUCAGCGGCGUAGUCCUGGCCGGUUUGAACUAUUCUCUCUGACCGAUGUUCAAGGUACCGUCCACGCUGGCUUUGACGGCGUUAGAUUGGAGGACGUCCCGGUUGUUGCUCCCUCACUGUGGCCGUAUGGUGGCGACGAACUAAUCGAAUCUCUUUCCUUCGUCGUUCAUAGUGGUGAGCACCUCCUCAUAUCCGGCAGCAAUGGCGUCGGUAAAUCUGCCGUUGCCCGUAUCGUCGCAGGCUUAUGGCCAGUAUAUCGAGGACUUGUUUCUCGACCCCGCUCCGUUGGCCAAGAUGGGAUAAUGUUCCUACCACAACGGCCGUACCUCAGUAUCGGAACGCUGCGUGACCAAGUCAUUUACCCCCAUACCGAAAUGGACAUGGGCGACGCUCAAAGGAGAGACAAUGAACUUGAGCACAUUCUUGAAGACGCAAAGCUAGGCCAUCUACUUGCACGCGAGGGCGGAUGGGACACUCGGAAGGAAUGGAAGGACGUCCUUUCCGGCGGCGAGAAGCAACGUAUGGGAAUUGCAAGAUUGUUCUAUCAUGAACCAAAAUAUGCUUUCCUAGACGAGGGAACAUCAGCCGUGUCCAGCGAUGUCGAAGGACUAUUGUACGAGCGAUGCAAGGAGAAAGGAAUCACUCUCAUCACUAUCUCGACACGAGCAAGCCUGAGAAAGUAUCACACAUUCAACCUGGUGCUUGGUCUGGGAGACGAAGGGUACGACUGGGAGAUGGUGCGCAUUGGUACCGAGAAGGAGAAGCUUGGUUUGGAGAAGGAGAUCACGGAGCUGAAGGAGAGACUUGCAAGGGUACAGGAGUGGGAGCAGCGGAAGAAGGAGAUAGAGGAGGAACUCGGGAAGGUGCUUGUUGUCGGGAAAUUAGAUGAGUUGAAAUCACCUGGCUAUGUGCUUGAUAGCGAGAAGAGCGAGGGGUCAGCUACUACGCCAGAUGGUCUUGAGGUGGCUUCGUGA